AAAAUAACAUAGAUCCAAAUGAGAAUACUGGUGAUUUUGAGGAAGAUGAAAAUAUUGACGCAACUCAAAGUAAAAAUCAAGUAGAUGAUACAAGAGAUCAAAUUUUUUUAAAUAGUGAAUUUGAUGAAGAUUUUGAUUUAGCUAGAAGAAAUAUUCAUCCUGCAGAUAAUACUUCAGCAAAAUAG